AUGGAGCCUACUGGUUUCCCGAAAACACCAAAGCUGGUGGCAUCCACUGGUGGUACCUACUGCUGCUCAAUUGCAGAAUCCAGGACCCGGGAAAGCAAGUUACUCAACAAUUGUUCAGACGUCCCGGAACCUCGACAACUAAGCGAGGAAGAUACAGAAUCCAACUACUUUAAAAGUGCUCAAUGGCAAGCUCAACUUUAUCACUGACUCUCUGUAAACUGCCACUAACAGUUUCAGGUCACCAGAUGGAACAAGCCUCAUCACUAGCAAUGCAGACAACACAAUCCGAACCUUCAUCCUCCCUCCAACCCUCCUCGACGAAUCCCCCUCCCCAAUCCCCCUCACGCCCUACACCACCCACCAAAACCCAAGUCCCAUAAACUGCGUGGCCCCCUACCCAAACUUCAACCUCUCAGACCCCUCCACAACCCUCUNCCUACACCACCCACCAAAACCCAAGUCCCAUAAACUGCGUGGCCCCCUACCCAAACUUCAACCUCUCAGACCCCUCCACAACCCUCUACCUCUCCUCCCCAUCCGCCCUCCCCAUCCGUCUCACCAACUCCCUCUCCCCCUCUCCAAUCCCCACAGCAACCUAUACCCUCAUCUCCCCCACCACAGAAGCAUACUACACCCCCUCCUCACUCCUCUGGACCUCCCCCGGUACCUUCCUCACCGGCACAGACUGUCUAAUAGCCCUCUUCAACGUCUCCCGCAACGGCCAGGGUCCCAUCCAAAGCAUGCCUACCAUCCCCUCCAAACGGCACGUCAUGAAAGGCGGCGGCGUAGGAAUGCGCGGGAUCGUCUCGGCGCUCUCACUCCAACCUACGAGUGAAGGGUCAGAAGCGGGAAUGGUAGCUGCUGGGACCUGGACCCGUUGUAUUGGGUUGUACGAUAUGGCGGGACUGGGAGGAACCGUUGCGACGUGGAGUAUCGCCGAAGCGGCGGAUAAGGACGCGGGGAUUGGGGGGAUGGGUGUUACGCAGACGGCUUGGAGCGCGUGUGGGAGGUAUUUGUAUGUGGUUGAGAGGAAGAGUAGGGGCGUGUUGGUUUAUGAUGUUAGGGAGGCGGGGAAGCUACUUGCUUGGUUGGAAGGGAGAGAAGCAGAGACGAAUCAGAGGCUUGGAGUGGAUGUUUUUAAUGCGGAGAAGGGGAUGGAGGUUUGGGCUGGGGGCGUGGAUGGUGUUGUGAGNGGAAGGGAGAGAAGCAGAGACGAAUCAGAGGCUUGGAGUGGAUGUUUUUAAUGCGGAGAAGGGGAUGGAGGUUUGGGCUGGGGGCGUGGAUGGUGUUGUGAGGGUUUGGGAGGGAGUUGGUAUGAGUGAGGGUGCAUUGGAGAGGUCGUGGGAGUGGAAGGCACAUGAUGGUAUCUAUCCCUUUAAGCAUUUGAGUGAUUUUGGACUAACAACGUCUACAGAUCCCAUCACUGCUACCAUCGUUCAUAGUUCUGGUACAGUUGUAGCAACUUGUUCCGGGCAAAGGUCUAUAUCGAUGUUCGAAGGAAGUGAGAGCGAGAGUGGCAGUGAAGAAAGCUCGAAUAAUUCCGGGGAAGAGUCAGACGUGAGUGAAGGAUCUAGUCGAUCUUCUAGUCAAAGCUUCACUCAACCAAAAUGCCCAGAUAAUAGUAUCAAAGUAUGGAGUUUAUGA